AUGAGGCGGAAAACGGAAAAAAAGUCGAAAGCUGGUCGUAUGCUGGUAGCCGCCAUCGAUUUUGGAACCACGUAUUCUGGUUAUGCGUACUCAUUCAAAGACAACUGGGCAAAAGUUCUUACUAACAACUGGUCGGGAGGGGAACCAUUGUCGUACAAGGCUCCCACUGCGCUUUUACUAAAUCCUGAUAAAUCCUUCAAAGCUUUCGGAUUUGAGGCAGAAAACUGCUAUGCUAAUCUGACAACAGAAGAGGAUGAUACUUGCAAAGAUUAUUACUUUUUCAAACGGUUCAAAUUGAUUCUAAAAACAGAACUGGAAGAGCGUGUUCACAGAACAACACAAUGUAAGGAUAUACGUGGGAAAACUGUGGAUGGAAUGUUGGUAUUCACGCAUUCGAUGGAAUAUUUGAAAAAUCAUAUGCUGAAGGCAUUAAACGAUUCUCAUACACUUGAAAUAAAGAUCACAGACAUCGACUUCGUUAUAACAGUGCCAGCAAUAUGGGACGACACGGCCAAAAUGUUUAUGAGAGAAGCAACUGAAAAGUGGAAAGAACCUUCAUCAUGGGAGGAAAAUCUUCAAAUUAAUCGAACAAAUAUUAUGUUAGGGGACACAGUAUUUGAAAAAUGCUGGAUACCUGGAAACCAGCUACUAUUUGCUUUGGAACCCGAGGCCGCGUCUAUUUACUGUCAGCUGAUGUAUCUGGAACCUCAGAACGAUUCCAGCUUUCGUGGAACAGAAACAGACUCUGAUGCAAAGUAUAUGGUCGUGGAUCUCGGAGGUGGAACAGCAGAUAUCACCUUGCACCAACUUCAGAAGACCGGCACAAUCGUGGAAUUGACCCCCGCGUCCGGGGGACUAUGGGGUGGAACACGUAUAGAUAAAGCUUUUGAGAGUUUUCUUCUAGAUUUAUUUUGCAAAACUUCGAUGGAAAAAUUUCAAACUGAGGAUGAUGAUGCCGAAGAUAAUUUUGACUUUUGGCAGGGAUUUGAGGUCAAGAAAAGAGGAUUUAAUUUUGACAAGGAGACAAGAAAUGUCCAUAUACGUAUUCCAAUGGGAUUGACAAACUUCGCAAAAAAAGUCCACAGUGAGCGGGAUGUCAAUAAAAUAAUAGAAAAAUCGAAAUUCAAAGGAAAGGAAAUCAGAUUUGAAGCUGGAAAAAUUCACAUGCAAACAACAGUAAUGAAGAAAAUUUUUCAAACAACCGUAGAUGAUAUUGUAAAACACCUUAGAACACUUAUCGAAAACGCUGGAAAAGAUUUGAGAGUAAUGAUAAUGGUAGGGUUUUUUUCAGAAUGUUCUCUUGUUCAAAACUGUGUUCGUCAAACAUUUGAAAUCAAGGGCAAACGUCGGGUUAUAACACCAAAUCAAUGUGGACUGGCGGUUCUAAAAGGUGCAGUGUAUUUCGGACAUCAUCCGGAAUUGAUAUCGGAGCGCGUAGCAAGAUACACGUAUGGGAUCCAAAUAUGGCCAAAAUUUGUCGAAGGAGAACAUAAAGAAGCAAAGCGGGAUGUCAGAGGUUCCGAAGACCGGUGUAAAGACGUAUUCUUUAAGUUUGUAACCAAGGGAGACCGAUUGAAAGCAGGGUUCAUUAAAAGUCACAUUUUCAGGGCAUUGAAAUCAGCCGAUGGUGACCUUGAAUGUGGCAUUUUCAUCUCAAACAAAGACAAUCCUAAAUAUGUUGACGAGGACGGUUGUGAAAAACUCGGAGUUCUUAAAAUUGACGAUGAAAGAGGAACAGAGGUCGAGGAGUCUCUGAUUUUUGGACAUACAGAGCUGCAUGCAAAGGCCUGUAACUGCUCAACGAAAAAGGAAUGCAGCGUCACUUUCGAUUUGCUGUCAGAGAAAAUCAAAUAUCCUUCCAAAACUAAAAUCUAG